AUGUCAUCCAGCCUCGCAACGUGUUUGCAGAUCCUGAUGCAAGAGGACAGCACUGCAAGGGUGGGAGCAUUCCGCAACAUGACGGUUGCACAGCUCGCAUCGCUUCGCAUGGACCUUGACACCGCGAUGCAAGGUUCCAGCACUGCCGCACCGCCCAGCACUGCACCACCGGCAGAGGCACCGCAAGCAUCGCAAGCACACGAUGCAUGGGACGAUGCUGCACCGGGCUACGCACCGACCUAUACAGCACCGCAUGGCAAAGGUGGUCGCAAAGGUUGGAAUUAUCACGAUUAUGAUCAAGCACGGCACCGUCAAGAACAAGAGCAAAGCUGGGCGGACCUCCAGGACGAGGAGGAGCACCGCAGAGAUCUCUGGAACCAAUUGGAGCAUGAAGUCCAGCAACGCAGAGAGCACACGGCGGCAUGGGGCACCGCACGCCCGGCAGGGUGGGGCAGCCCACCGCCCGCACCGCAUCGUUUCCCGCCACCGCCUGCCGAUCGCUUUCCACGCCCCGCACCGCAAGAUCCCUUCUACGGCAAUCCGCCCCGCAACGCACAGUUCAUGGAGGCCAGCGAGAAGGUCCGCACCGAAAUUCGCUGGGUGCACGGCAAUGAUGGAGCUGCAUCUCGCAUCGCAUUGCAUCGGGGCAAAAAGUACCUCGUCUUCGUCACGCUCCUGACGCUGGUCUGCCUGGCCUUGGCUCGGCACUCGCUAGCACCGCAGUUUCUUCGGGCAGUCUCGCAUUGUGGCUGGGGAACGCGCCGCUGGGCCGAACAAGCAGCCCUACGAAAGGCGGCACCGACACAGCUCAGCCCCGAAAGUCCGGAACCCGCAUCGCAGUGCAUUGUGUUGGACGAAGAAGCAGACUUGGUUGAGCAAGCGGCUCUGCAGCGUGAAGAAAGCAGUGAAAGUCUGGCCGCAUCGUCGGUCUCCAGCGUGGAUUCGGAGGGCACCCCCUUCGUCAAAGUGCCCGCAAUGACUGGCGUACGCUACGCAUGCAACGGGGCUUGGGGAAAGUGGCACGCACUGCGCGCGGACUCCAUGAACGAAUGCCCGCGCACCGCGUGCGGCCUUAAGCUUGGCAUAGCUGCACAGUUUUCGGAUCUCCCGCAGGGGGUUUUCUGCAGACGCAAAGCCUGCGUAGACAUGCACCGCGCAGCAAGCGAGUAG